UUCGCGAACACACUGAUCUGUCAUGCUGAAUAUUAUGAUUCAUCUCCAACAAAUUUUUGUGCGUUUUCAGUUGUAAAACCUUAAAUGCCGUAUGUUUGAUUAAUAGUCUUCUUGAUCUAAAUGACGAUACAAGUAUUGUCCUUGAAAAGUGAAAUUGAGCUCUUGAAACUGCUCCUUGAUGCUCCAAUGGCCGAAGCUGGGAAUUCAAUGCUAUAUUCUCUUCUUCUCUUUGUUGUUACUCUCUCACUGCAAGAAAUGUAUAGAGGGAAGUUAGCAUCAUCAGAACUGUUCACCAUACUUGGAGGAUUCACCAGUUCACUUGUGUUUCUUUUCUUACUAACUUUCAUUGGAAAUUUCCAGGAAACUUCCGGGGUUAAAACUGGAUGGGGUGCAGUUAUUCUAGCUGAAGCUGUUGCUCUUGUUGCUGCUGGCACUGUGCAUCGAGUUUGUAUAACAACUUGCUUUUUGUUCUCGGCUGCGAUAUUGUAUGAGGUAAACCAGAUUUCAGGGGUUAUGGCUUCAAAAAGCGAAUCCAAAGGUCGAAGGCAUUAAAAUCUGAAAACAUGUUUUUGUUUUGAUUGUAUCCUUUGAAGUAAAAGAUGAUGAUAUGAUAGAUAUAAUAUUUUAGACCAAUUUAUACUAGACUGUAUGUUCUAUUUUUUUUUUAUAUGGAUCAUGGUAAAAGACUUAAGAGUAUGCUCAUUUUUACAAAACUUCAAUUUCAGGCAUAUUAUUUUCAACUA